GUUAGCACUAGGCGCUGCUUAUUAAGCAGUAAUGAAGGUCUAAGCGCUCACCCAACCCACGAGGUUUGCCAACUAACAUCACCAACAUCAAAUCCAACGCCAUCACCUCUUUGAAUCUGUAUCAGUCGUGUCAUCUUUGAUUUUACUGCAUUUGUAUCGAUGCUUCCCUCGCUUUUACAUUUCCUACCCCGGUUCGGACGAUGGAAGCCCCUAAGCUUUUCCAAUUUGAACUUUCCCCGGAUACCACUGGCUCAAAAAAUCGAAGAAGAGACAAUCCCAGGUUACGUCGCCGCGCGGUACUAUCCCGUUCGCAUUGGGGAGGUCUUCAAUGAGAGAUACCAAGUCGUUGGUAAACUCGGAUAUGGAGCAACUUCGACAGUGUGGCUUGCGCGGGACAUGAACCGCCGCAAUUAUGUUACCCUCAAGAUAUUCAUUACAUCUACAUCCAUGGGCCAGCAAUUGGAUGGCGAGCUCAAUAUGUACAAACGCCUGGAGCGAGGCUCGAAAUCUCAUCCUGGUCGCAAAGCUGUGCGGAUGCUUCUCGACUCUUUUGAUGUUAAUGGGCCCACAGAUAAACACAGAUGCCUUGUACAUCCUCCCCUAUGGGAGAGCGUCUUGACCUUUCUUCGCCGCAACCCAAUUCACAGGCUGCCCGUUCCAGUCAUGGCAACUGUACUAAAGUAUCUCCUUCUAGCACUGGACUAUUUGCAUUCCGAAUGCAAGAUUAUCCACGGUGACAUCAAAUCCGAUAACAUCAUGCUCGGCAUUGCUGAUGAUUCGGUUUUCACUCAUUUUGAGGAAAGCGAGCUUCAAACACCCUGUCCACGGAAAGAACUAGAUGAUGGUCGCAUCAUCUACGAGUCCCGCCAACUCACAAUGCCAAAGAACUUUGCCCCCCCUGUGUUAUGCGAUUUUGGGUCAGCCAUGCCUGGAGAUGUUGAUGAGCAUUUGGAAGAUAUCCAACCAAACUUCUAUCGAGCGCCAGAGGUGAUCCUCGAGAUUCCAUGGUCAUACAGCGUUGAUAUAUGGAACGCAGGCUGUGUGGCGUGGGAUAUGUUCGAAGGCGAGUUUCUGUUUACUGGACAUGAUCCGGAACUCCAGACCUACCGAAGUAGAGCACAUCUAGCUGAGAUGAUUGGUCUUCUUGGGCCACCGCCGCCUAACCUCCUUGCUCAGGGUAGGCUGACGAGCAAAUUCUUUUCAGAGGAAGGCGAAUUUUGUGCCGGAAUUCCUUUGCAAGAUCCAGUUCCACUCGAAGAGAGAGAAACUGCUCUCAAGGAACAACAGGAGGACAGGGAGAAGUUUCUGUGUCUGAUGCGGAAAAUGGUUCAGUGGGAACCGGGCAAGCGAAGCUCUGCGAAGGAACUUAUGCAAGAUGAAUGGAUCCGUGCGCAUUCAUGAAAAGGAAAAUGCCGGCCUUGGUUCAGCCUUUAUCACAAAUCUGAGCCGCCAUCUCGGAUCUCUUGAGAACCUGUGACUUGGUUUAUUCAGUGAGGGAUCAGAAGGUGAAAGAAACCCAAAUGAUGUGGAAAUACUAGUAUCUGAUUUUGAAUUUAAGACCUAGUCACAUAAGCCAUCAAAGCAAGAAGAACGAUAGAAGAGCCUACGAGCAGCAUCCCGAUAAAGCCGGCAACAAACUUAUCCCCUGCAAACCAAGUUCUAUUCCCGAGGUCCCUCUUCAGCAGCCAUGUCCACGGGUCUUCCCUGUGUGGCCGACGUCGAAUACUCGCGUUUAUCGCCAACUCUGAUGGUGCCAGUACCGUUCGCAUAGAUGUGAUGGGUUCGAGCCGGCCCAUUGGUAGGCUUGACUCGAGCGCUGAUAAUCAGCUCUUUAUCUUUAGGGUUGUAAUGAGAUCGAUGGAUAGGGCUACUG